AUGGGAAAAGCUAAAGAUCUGUCUCCAAGGAAAAUUUCCGAAAUUAAAACUUUAUUAUUGCAUACUGGGCGUUCCCAAAGAAAGAUUGCAUCGAUUGCUAACGUUUCGAGGGCAUCAGUUGACCGAAUAAAAACAAAACUUGACACAAAUGUGGACCUGACGCCGAAACGUGCGAAAAAUUGUGGACGAAAGAAAAUUACCACGCCACGUGAUGAAAGAAAAAUAAGGGAUAUCUGUGUUGAAAACAGGAAGGCACCUCGGAAGAUUCUUACGAAGAAGGUACAGGACGCUGGAAUCAACAUUUCCCUAGCAACAGUUCGUCGACGCAUGAAAGACUUGGGGUUCAUUUGUCGUCGACCGGCUAAAAACCUCUUCUUACACAGGCUAUGA